GUCAUGGAAGCAAAAGGUCUGUUGGGAAAGGAGAACCGGCCGUGUGACUCCUAUGUGAAGAUGUCGAUCGUGCCGGAUGUCAACUGGAAAUGCAGGCAGAAGACUAAGACUGUGCCGGACAGCAAGAACCCCGUCUUCCACGAGCACUUUCUUUUCCCGGUGCGAGAGGAGGACGAGCAAAAACGCCUGCUGGUCACAGUGUGGAACCGCGAGAGAGAUUCCAGGCAGAGCGAAUUGAUUGGGUGCAUGAGCUUCGGCGUGAAGUCCCUCCUGACGCCGGACAAGGAGAUCAGCGGCUGGUACUACCUCCUUGGGGAGGACCUGGGCAGGACCAAGCACCUGAAGGUGGCUACGCGGCGGCUGAAGCAGAGCAGAGGUGCGACCUUGGCAGCAUCCCAGGGUACGUUGGCCUAG